AAGUCGGUACAGCUCAUUUUCGGUGAUAAUUAACCUAUAAACACUUGAACGCAAUCACAAUCAUCGCUGAUCGUAUUCUCAACGUGGAUUUACUUUUUUUCUUAAAACAAAUAGAAGUUUUAAUUAACAAAAAAUGGAUGACGAAGCCGAGACGUAUAAAUUAUGGAGAAUCAGAAAGACAAUCAUGCAGUUGUGUCACGACCGGGGUUAUCUGGUAACUCAGGAUGAACUCGAUCAGACACAGGAGCAAUUUAAGGAUCAAUUUGGUGACAAACCGAGUGAAAAACGGCCUGCGAGAAGUGACUUGAUUGUUUUGGUAGCUCACAAUGACGACCCUACUGACCAGUUGUUUGUUUUCUUUCCCGACGAACCGAAAAUCGGUAUCAAAACCAUCAAGACCUACUGCCAGCGUAUGCAGGAAGAAAAAAUCCACAGGGCUAUUAUUGUAGUACAGCAGGGAAUGACACCUUCAGCUAAGCAGUCGUUGGUCGACAUGGCUCCGAAAUACAUCUUGGAACAAUUCCUCGAAUCAGAACUUCUUAUCAAUAUCACUGAGCAUGAGUUGGUACCUGAACAUAUCGUGCUGACUCCCGAUGAAAAAGAUGAACUGCUGACUCGUUACAAAUUGAAAGAAAAUCAACUGAUGAGAAUCCAAGCUGGUGAUCCUGUUGCCAGAUACUUUGGUCUCAAAAGAGGACAAGUUGUAAAAAUUAUUCGUCCCUCUGAAACCGCUGGUCGUUAUAUUUCAUACCGACUUGUUUGUUAAAUUAUUUGCACUUUAUAAAAUUAAAAUACCUCUUACUUGUAAUUAAUUAUAAGAAUAAUUUCAAAUAAAAUAAAUAUUUAUAA